AUGCUAUCAGCCGCAGCAGCAGCAGCAGCCGCAGCCGCAGCAGCAGCAGCAGCAGCAGCAGCACCAGCGGCCGCACCAGCAGCCCCCCCUACUGCCACUGCCCCCGGUUCCCCCCCCCGUUCGGUCGCUGCGUCGUGCUCCUGCCGGUCACUUGCCCACCCCACCGUUCUGUGGCACCACCGGAUGGGGCACCCGUCCCUUCCACGUCUGCGCGCUAUGUCUAGUCAGCGUCUUGUCCUAGGCCUCCCACGUGUCUUGUCGUCGCUGCCGCCUUCGCCUGCGCCGCCGUGUCGUCCCUGCGUCGAGGGUAGGCUGCGCGCCACCCCUCACUCCUCCUCCCUUCGUCCGGCCACCGAGCCUUUUGAGACGCUUCACUUGGACGUCUGGGGCCCAGCCCCUCGUCUAGGCCCUGAGCGUGAGCGUUACUUUCUGGUGGUCGUUGACGACUUCUCCCGCUACACCACAGUGUUCCCUCUGGCGAAGAAGUCUGAGGUGACUUCUACGCUGAUCAGGUGGUUGCUCACCACCGAGGACACUCGUGGUCGUCGUGUCAGCUGCCUCCACUCCGACCGUGGGGGUGAGUUUCGCUCCGGCAUUCUCGCUGGAUUCUGUCGCGAGCAGGGCAUUCGUCAGUCCUGGACGCUUCCAGAGUCCCCACAGCAGAAUGGGGUUGCUGAGCGCCGCAUAGGCCUGGUCAUGGAGAUCGCCCGCACCUCCCUGACUCACGCCUGUGCCCCCCAUUUUCUGUGGCCCUACGCGGUCAGGUACGCCGCGCACCAGCUGAACCUCUGGCCAUGUGUCUCUCGACCAGAGGUUUCACCGACCAGUCUUUGGACAGGGUCCCCUGGUGUUGCGUCGCGGUUUCGUGUCUGGGGGUGCUUGGCUCUUGUCCGCGACACCUCCGCGGACAAGCUCUCGCCUCGUGCCGUCCCCUGUGUCUUCCUUGGUUUCCCUGAGGACUCCUCUGACUUCACCUUUUACCACCCUCCCUCUCACCGGUUCUUUGACUCCCGUGACGUCCGUUUCGAGGAGUCCACUCCGUACUACGUCAGGUACCCCAGUCGAGGUCUCCCGGUUCCUCCUCCCCCCCUCUUCCUGACUGCCGUCCCCCCUCCUGCUCCCCCGGUACAGCCUCCCCCCCCUGGUCCAGCCCCGUCAGGUGUGUCCCAGGCUACCCCUCCUCCUUCGGUAGCCCCUCCGGUACAGCCUCCCUCCCCACAGUCCUCCUCGCAGCGUGCCGCUGGUGCUAGCUCUCGAGAGGUUGGUGCGGCGCCUGUUCCUGUACCGGUUUCUGGUUCUGGGGGUGCUGGAGUUGGAGCUGGAGUUGGAGCUGGAGUUGGCACUGGAGUUUCUGGUUCUGGGGGUGCUGGAGUUGGAGCUGGGGUUGGAGCUGGAGUUUCUGGUUCUGGAGUUGGAGCUGACCCGGUGGGUGCAGAGGACUCUUGUCGUCCGGGAGCUGGUGCUGGCCGCGCGGACACUGGGGGUGCUGCGUCUGGGGGUGAGGGUGCGCCUCCUUCGGGUUCAGGUGAGCCUGGGUCUGGAGCUGGUGUUAGUGCUGCCUCUGGGGGUGGUGCGCCUAGUUCUUCUGAGGUGGACUCUGGAGCUGCCGCUGCUUCGGACACUACUCCACCCCCCCACCCCUACCCGACUAGGCACCAGGCUCGUGUUCGCCGUGCCCGUGACGAGCAGCUGGCGUUGGAGAGAGAGGAGAGGGAGUUACAGCGGCUGGAGGAGCAGCAGCAGCAGCUGGAGCCGCAGGAGCAGCAGCAGCAGCAGCAGCAGCUGGACCCGCAGGAGCAGCAGUCCCAGCAGCAGCCGCGUCCGCAGCAGCAGCAGUCGCAGCCGCAGCAGCAGCAGCCACUUCCUCCUCCUGUCUCGGGUCUUCGGAUCCUUGGUCUCCCCUCCCCUUCUCCUCCCUCCUCCGCCUCUCCUCCUGUUUACGGUCCCACGUUUCCUCCUCCUGACUCCUCCCCCGCUGUUUUCCCCAGUUCUCCGCCUUUGUCCUCUCCUCCUCCGUCUCGUUCUUGGGCUACUCGUCGCUCCCCUCGUGCUCGUCCCUCGUCUCCUGUUCCCUUCACUGACCUUCGUACUGCCUUCCUUCUUUCUAGUCCACCUCGUCCGUCUCAGUCUGUGCUUCCGUCUCCUCCUGAGUCGGCCCUCACUGUGUCGCUCCCUACUCCUGUCACUGACUACUACCGCAUGUACCGUCCUGUUCUCUCUCGUGUUCUCGCCUCUCUUGUUACUCACCCUCGUGUCUCUGUGUCCUCUGUGUCCGCUCUUACUGCCGCGGUUACUGACUUUGCCUCUACCCGCCGCCUUGACUACGCCACCACGCUUGUGACUGCUCCUCCUACCAGUCCUCUGGUCGUCGGGGGUGUGUCUGCCCUUGGCUGUGACGCCCUAGAGGACAGGCAGUUUGAGCUAGAGUUCCUGGCGGCCGCUUCCCCUCAUCUCUGUGCCAUGCUCCUCGCCCCUGAGGGUGACCCCGACGCCCUUGACAUUCCGACUCCUCGCACUUACGCCGAGGCAGUGUCAGGGCCUUGGGCCUCUCAGUGGAGAGCUGCCAUGGACGCAGAUAUGGCCUCCUACAGAUCCACAGGCACCUACGUCGAUGAGGUUCCCCCCCCUGGGGCGAACGUAGUCGACGGCAUGUGGAUCUACAGGGUGAAGCGGCCACCGGGAUCUCCCCCGGUCUUCAAGGCGCGCUACGUGGCUAGAGGUUUCAGUCAGCGCGAGGGAGUUGACUUCUUUCAGACCUUCGCACCUACCCCGAAGAUGACCACUCUUCGGGUGUUACUACACGUAGCAGCACAGAGAGACUACGAGUUACACUCUCUUGACUUCUCCACUCUUUCCUUCAGGGCAGUCUACACGAGGAGGUCUGGUUGCGUCGUCCCUCGGCCUUCACUGGCACUUUCCCUCCUGGGACCCAGUGGAGGCUGA